GUUGCAUUCUACAAUUGCAUUUUUUCACACAUUCACACUCAAGCGGAUCAAUUCGGAGGAACAGAAACGAACCCAUUAAGACAUUCAGAAGGACUACGAUCACCCCCUAUCUGUUCAUCGUUUGCUAGCAAGACUCUCACCCCACGCCUCCCUUUCUCCUGCCGUACCGGCCAUACUGACACUAUAGACUUAACCGCCUAAAGCAGCAUUUGCCUUUAGAAUUUAAACCAUGGAUAAAACGGAGCUUAUUCAGAAAGCAAAGUUGGCCGAGCAGGCCGAGCGUUACGACGACAUGGCUGCGUCUAUGAAGGAGGUGACAGAGAUGGGGUCCGAGCUGUCCAAUGAGGAGAGGAACCUGCUGUCUGUUGCCUACAAGAACGUGGUCGGGGCACGGAGAUCCGCAUGGAGGGUCAUAUCCAGCAUCGAGCAGAAGACCGAUGGCAGCGACAAAAAGCUGGCGAUGGUCAAGGAGUACCGGGAGAAAGUGGAGUCGGAGCUUAGAGAGAUCUGCAACGACGUAUUGGAACUGCUGAGCAAAUAUUUAAUCGAGAACUCCACACAGGCGGAAAGCAAAGUCUUCUAUCUGAAGAUGAAGGGAGACUACUUCAGAUACUUGGCUGAGGUCGCGGGAGACGACAGGAAAGCAACCAUCGACAACUCUCAGGAAGCCUAUCAGCAGGCCUUUGACAUCAGCAAGAAAGACAUGCAGCCAACGCACCCCAUCCGCCUCGGCCUGGCCCUCAACUUCUCCGUCUUCUUCUACGAGAUUCUCAACUCUCCAGAGCAGGCAUGCUCACUGGCCAAACAGGCUUUUGAUGAGGCCAUCGCAGAGCUCGACACACUGAACGAGGAGUCCUACAAAGACAGCACUCUCAUCAUGCAGCUGCUUAGAGACAAUCUAACAUUAUGGACCUCUGACAAUGCAGCUGAUGAAGGAGAGGCAGGUGAAGGAGGCGAGAACUAAACCUCUUCCUCACCAGAGCUCAUCUCCCCAUUAAGAGGAAACAGAAGAAAAAAAACCUUUUUACACAUCUCCAUUCCUUUUUGCUCCACUUUAAAAGAAAAAAUCUAGCAACUGAAAAAAAACCAAACAAACAAAAAAAAAAACGCCCAUCAGUACUGGAACAAGUGCAACAAAAUUCCAAUCAUUUAGUCUUUUUUGCAUUGCAGCUCAUGGACAAAGAAGCAGAAUUGAGGUAUCCCCCUGCCCCCCCUACCCCCCGCCCCCCAAAAUACUAUUUCUUUUUGGUUUGUGAUUUUUGUCCCGGCCUACCGUGUGUGCGUGUGCGUUCUCUGCUGUAGAAAACUAUGACGUAUGAUUAGCCUCAUUUUUGUAUCGACACUCUUAAUGACUUAGUAAUAAAUAUAAUAGGAUCUUAAUGUUGCUACAGAGAGAAAAAAAAAAAGAAACGGUUGACUCUGCUGUUGGAAAGGCAAAGGGUAACCUGACUAACGGUUUGAAAUGGAAAGCUUGUCUUGUACCAUUUUACUGUAGCUCUUUUUUUGUUUUUUGUUUUCUUUUCCCCUUCAUUUUCUUCUGGUGGUUGGCAGUGUCCAAACGUUAGGAUGUUUUAAACGAAAUCAUAUAAUCAAGAGAAGCAUUCCAAUUUCAGCUCUUCACAGCAGAAUCCUCGGGUUUUAUUGUAGGUCUUACAAUAUAAAGUAGUCUCCAUUUCCUCUUGUAGUGUUAAGAUCAUCAGAUAGAAAGCAUUUGCAUUGGCUAUGUGGAUUUCAUUUUUUGAAAACUAGAGAAUAGAGUUUCCCCACCAUAUGUAAGGAUUUUGACCUUUAUUGGAAAGGAACUUAUUCUUUUGAGUUUCAAUUAGGAUAUAUCAGUGGAGAUCCUAUUGGUAUCACCAAGCCCUAAAGAAAAUUGUAAUCCCACUGAUUGGUUGUCACAAACUGGUCCUAGUUUUUCACUCUGAACAGUUCCUUGUAGUUAGGUCUCUCUCCAGAAGUCUCACAAACACUCCUUUUAGGUCGUGGUACACACUUCACUUGAAGCAUGUCUGAAUAGAAAUACAACAAAAAAAUGUGGGGCUGUCUAGUGACCAAAAAAGUUAAACUUGUUGGAAAAAGUCCUUGCAUGUCUUUAAGAAAAAUUACACUGGAAUGGGAACCAAUGCUGUAUGCACCAAGAUGAAGAGACCAAUAUAGUACUUUUAAACGCAGGCUUAUACACAUUUAUGGACACGGGAGGGGGUUGGUUAGUCCAGUGAUUGUUAGAUUUGGACCACUAUUGUGUUUUUGCUAAUCAUUGAUUGUAGUCCCUAAAAAGCCUUGUGGAAAUGUCUAAUGCCCUAUGUAUCAGUUAUGUAACAUGAAUAAAGAUGUCAUUUUAUAAACCAAAA